AAUCGUUUUUAAACUUUUCAAAAGCUAACUUUUUGCUGAAAAAAACGAUGGCCUUUUAGGCAUAUUGACCGGAAACGGGUCGUGUUUGGGAACACAUGACCGACAUACGUUUCCGCCCGACGGGAAACUCCGCGCACCGCUCUUCACCAGCAUUUGUUUUUCUCUCUUUAUCGCACCUCUAUCUCGCUUUGUCGUUCACGCGCGCGCUCACCCGUCCCGUCUCCCGAGCAUUUCGCAUGAAUGGGAACGCUUUUCGGAAGGAAGGACACACAAACCAUGAAUCAAUUACUUUUUUGAAUGAAACGUCGUUGAUGAAUUGGCGGCGGACGUGCACCGGGUUUGCGCGAAAUGACGAUGGCUGAGGGCAAGCCAAGCUUCAGGGUUGUCGAGAGGCUUAAGAUCAAAAUUGGUGAUGCAAAGAAUUUGGGUAAGGGACAUUCAUCACUUAAAGACGGACAUUGUACAAUCACUCUGGAUCAGGAAGAGAUAUUCCGUACAGCUACUAUCGAGAAGGCAAUAAGUCCGUUUUGGGGUGAAGAAUUUGAAUUUGAAAUUCCUCGUCGUUUCCGUUACCUGGGUGUAUGUGUAUAUGAACGGGAUAGACCUCUUGGUAGAGUAACAGUUAGACGUGACCAACUGACAUCAUUCAAUGAUAAAGAUCACUGGUUUCCUCUAAGACCUCUUAAUGUUGAAUCUGAAGUCCAGGGGAAAAUUCAUAUUGAAAUAGAUUUUAGUGAAAAUCGAAGUAGACUUGGAGUCCGUUUAAAUGAAGCAUGUGAAUUAGCUAUUACAAAUGGAAACUGUGAUCCUUUUGCUGAUGUUACAGUUAGGUACACAAAUGAUAAAACAGAAAAUCAGAGGACCAAAGUUAAGAAAAAGACUAAUUCUCCUGUUUUUGAUGAGGCAUUUGCAUUCUCUCUUCCUGGAAUGGGUAGAAUACAUAAACAACAUUUAUCAAACCAAACACCUCCAGCUGAUUGGGCAGAACUUAUCGUUACCCUUUAUCAUGAAGUAUCUAGUAGUAAUACUGUAUUUUUGGGUCAAGUAAUUAUUCCAUUACAAGGAAGAACCGUUAGUGCAUGGUACUUUUUGCAACCACGUAACCGAAAAUCAAGUCUAAGAGAAGAUCAGGGUUUUAAUUAUCCUAGUGUUGGUUCAUUACGUUUAAAAAUACAUUACACUGCUGAUCAUGUUCUACCAUCACAUAAUUAUGAACGUCUAAAACACAUGGUUAUGAAUAGCCAUUCUGUACAACCAACUACAGCAAGUCUAGUGUAUCUUUUGGGAGAAAUAAUUCCUAAUAUUUUAGAUGUAGCCCAACCCUUAGUACGUGUUCUACUUCAUCAUGGGCAAAUAGUACAGACAAUCAGAUCCCUUGCUGUAUGGGAAAUAUCUAAAGUUACUGAUGCAAAUACUAUAUUUCGUGGUAAUUCUUUGGUAUCAAAAAUGAUGGAUGAAUCUAUGCAUGUAGCUGGAAUGAGAUAUCUACAUGAAACUCUUAGACCUCCAUUAGAAAGAUUGUUGUCAGAAAGAAGGCCGUGUGAAAUUGAUCCAGCACGAGUCAAAGAUACUGCAGUUAUUAGUCAUAAUUUGGCUAAUUUAAAAAUUUAUGUAGAAGAUGUAUUUAAAGCUAUUACUACUUCAGCUCUUAAAUGUCCAACUGUUAUGUGUCAAUUAUUUCACACACUUAAAGAAGUAGCCAUAAAAUUUUUUCCAGAAAACAAAGAAAUCAAGUAUUCCGUUGUAUCUGGCUUCAUAUUUUUAAGAUUUUUUGCACCUGCUAUUUUAGGUCCCAGACUUUUUGAUCUCACUAAAGAACAAAUUGAUAAUCAAACAAAUAGAACUCUAAUAUUAGUAUCUAAAACAAUCCAAAGUUUAGGUAACCUUGUUUGUUCACGAUCAAAUUUUAAAGAAGAAUACAUGUCUUCUAUGUACCAAGCAGUAUACACUGAACAACAUGUUACUGCUGUUAGACAAUUCUUAGAAAUAAUUUCUGCAUCAGCUGGUCCUGCACAAUGUACACAAGACACUCCUGUUACAUUAAAAGAAGGCUUUCUAAGGAAAAUUACUUCUUGGAUGUUAACAAAAAGGGCUCAAGGUAGAAAACGAUUUGGUAGAAAAAAUUUUAAGCAGCGAUAUUUUAAGUUGACUACUAGAGAUUUAUCAUAUGCAAAACAAAAAGGAAAAGAACCACUUUGUACCAUUACUUUAUCAGAUAUUUUGGCUGUAGAACGUCUUCAACAAGAAUCAUUUAACAAAAACAAUAUGUUUCAAAUAAUACAACCUGAAAGAGUACUCUAUGUGCAAGCUAGUAAUUGUGUUGAAGAAAAAGAAUGGGUAGAUUUACUUACUAAAAUGUGUUUUUCCAAUACUAAACGUCUCAUGCUGUAUCAUCCAGCUGCAUUUAUAAAUGGCAUUUGGUUAUGUUGUAAAUCUAACAAUGAAAGAACCAAAGGAUGCCAUGAAGUUUCCACAUCUGUUGAUAAUAUCCAAACAAGUAGUGUUGAUGUUGACAGAGAACUCUCUAGAUUACAUGCACUUUGUGUUACACAUAUUGAUCGAUUUGAUAGUGUUUUAAAAGCAUGUGAAUGUAAAACUGUAUAUCCAGGAGACAAUAGAUUGUGUCACCCUUUAUUGAUAGAAGACCCAAAAACUACUUUCAAAACUUUGUCGACACUACGAGAUAUAAUUUAUACAUUAGAACAGGAGCAUAGAACAGUUUUAAGAACAAUAGCUAGAGAAACAAAAUAUGGUAGCAAACAAGCCCCAAUUGGAGAUGACAAUUAUUUGCUUCUUGCUGGUCGCAAAGAUUUGAGUGCCCAUCAUCACCAAAAAGUUUGGUAGCACAGGCUUAAAAGAUCCCGUUCAAUUUAAAUGGGUAAAUGUAACAAAAACACAUUUUUAACACUUGCAUAUGUUUGUAUAAUAAUUACUAUAGACAUAUGUAAGUUAUGGUUGUAUUAAAAUAAUUCUACGUAACUUUUAUUGAAACUUAUUUGAAGCAUAAAUAAUACUAUUAAUUUUAUUAUUUUAGGCCUAUUCUUAAACUUAUUAAAUGACAAUUUUCAAAUUUUACAAAAAAAAAA